AUGCCACCACGCAUACCGAAGUCGUCAACGGCCUCAUCCGCCUUGGCGAAUUUUACAUUACCACUUAGUGUGCAGUCAUCUCUACCCAAGCCCUAUCCGCAAGGUGAAGCCAGCUUCUCGACGACGGCUAGUCGGCCUCGUUUUACAAAGGAGCGCCGCCUAUUCAGAAUAUGGAUCAACGGCGAAGGCGCUGCGCUCCGCAAAAACGGACGGGGUGAGACAAAUUACAUUCAGACCAAACUGGAUAUCAUAAAAAAUUCUAGUCGGCCUUUUCCCCUCAACAGCCAAUUUAAGAGCGAGCCUGUUUUAGACGAAACAUCAAGAGAAUUGAUCUGGAGCAAGGUGAUGCGGAAUGGCGAGACAAUCAAAGCCGUGUCCGCCGAAUUGGGCGUCGAUAUUAGAAGAGUAGCCGCUAUUGUAAGAUUAAAGGAGGUUGAAAUGGACUGGGUAGCUAAGGGAAAACAAUUAGCGAAGCCAUAUGCCAAAGCUAUGCUAUCUAUGUUGCCUAGGCACACAAUACGACCUGAUUUACAGAACGAGCCUUUCGAGCCUAUUAACGAAAUCCACGUGCAUCCAUAUACCAUGAAACAAAUAUUUUGGCCAACAUCAGAAUCUCGCCAUUUUACUCGUGCCGAUGCCGCGAAAGCUUUCCAUCAUACAAUGCUUUCUGCGGACGAGAGAGUUCCCCAUCCAGAAUUAAUACAAAUGGAGAAGGACGUGUUACAAGGUCGGUCGCUGUGGGAUGCAUCGGAACGGUUUAAGCAAGCCGCGAUGGAGUCGGAGAGAAAAGCAGCCGACAGAGAACUCGCCAAGGUUACUCUAGAGGAGAAAUAUACUACUCGAGUAAACACCAAGCGCUGUGAGUUUCGCUUUAAACAGAUAAACUCAGAGAACGUUGGUCCCAAAGGAAGGUCCCGGAACGCUGUCGGCUGGAGAUACGGUGCGCCACACUACGACCGCUCUAAGGGUGAAGUCAAGAUCCCUACAUCAGUACCUUGA